AUGGCAGGAUUCCAACUUCAAUAUCCAUCGGACCGCGAACUGACUGGCGGCGAUCUGCUAGCUCAAUCCCUAAAACAAGCCCAUGUCGAGGUGGCCUUUGGGCUCCACGGCGGACACCUCGAUGCAUUUCUCAUGGGAUGCGAGUCCAUCGGCAUCCGCCUCGUAGACACUAGACAUGAAACCGUCGCCGUGCAGGCCGCCGAGGGAUAUUCCCGGAUCAGCAUGAAGCUAGGCGUAUGCUUUGUGACCGCCAACAGCGGUUUUUCCAACGGUAUUCCCGGACUGGCCACGGCAUACAGCGAUCGAAGCCCCGUCCUCUGUAUUACAUCGUCUCCGCCGCUGCGGGACACAGAGACCAACUCCCUGCAAGGCUCUAUUGAUCAAAUCGUGGCUGCAAGGCCAUUUACGAAAUUCGCUCAUAGAGUCGUCGUCCCGGAAGAAUGUCCACGGAUUGUCGCGCAUGCAAUUCGCGUUGCGCAAUCCGGCGCUCCUGGACCUGUUCUACUUGAUUUCCCCAUCGACGUGCUGUUCUCCCCAGUACAUACUAAGCUGAUACAGUGGGGGUCAAUCGCCUCGCCGCCCAUAUAUCGCCCUGGUCCUCACGAAGAAGCAAUCAAGGCAGCUGUCGAGCUCGUAGCUAUUUCCAAGCGGCCGGUCAUCAUAGCUGGAACCGGUGCAAAGCAUCCUCAUACAAGAGAAGUCCUCAAUCAAUUCGCCGAAACAUGCAACAUCCCCAUCUUCAACACGUCCAAAUAUGCCUCCUUCACCACUCCAUCGACCAUGCUGAGCAAAUGCACCGCCGGAGCCCUCGCCAAACUACCACUCCUCCAGCUUUCCACGCCCGACCUCAUCAUCCUCCUCGGCGCCCGAACAGGAAUGUUCCUCGGCGGACGAAGCGGCGCCAUAAUCCCCAACGAGGGCUGCAAACUGCUACACGUCGACUGCGACGGAAGCGAAAUCGGCCGCUCCCUUCCCGUCGAUCUGGGCAUUAUCUCAGAUGUCGAUGCAUUCGUGCACACGAUGAACAAGCAGGUCACAGACGCGUUCCAGAGCGUCGUCGACAAGCAUUGGGUGCAGUCGGUUCUCAGUCUUGACUCUCUGGAGUCCCCGUUCGAGAAGGAGCCUACAGCGAACGAGUCGGGGGUUCUUCACCCAUACCAUGCAAUGAAGGAGGUCAUGUCUUCCAUCGAGCCGGGAAGUAUAAUCGUCCUCGACGGCGGCGAGGCGUCCGCUUGGGCGGCUGAUCUUGCCUUGCUUGCCCGCCCCAGUACUGUCCUUACCUCUACGGGGUAUCUUGGGUUUCUGGGUACUGGGUUUGGAUACUCGCUAGGCUGUGCUAUCGCGGAUCCAGAUCGGAAAGUCGUCAACGUUCAAGGGGACGGGUCCUCUGGGUUCCAUUUGAUGGAGCUCGAUACGUUCAAGAGGUUCAAUCUGGAUAUCAUCACUGUUGUUUUGAACAACUCGAGUUGGGGCAUGAGCUCAAACGGUCAGGAUAUUGUCUACGGGCUCGCCAAUCCGGCUCGUCCCGUUAGCUCUCUCAGCCCUGCAACGGAGUAUGACGUUGUAGCCCAGGGACUGCAGAAUGCAGCGGCAAAGGUCGCGCGGUUUUCGGAGAUUAAAGAUACUGUUGUCGAUCUCCAGUGUCGGCCUGGUCCUGCUCUUCUGAAUCUGAUUGUGGACCGGAAGCCUGUUCAUCCUAUCACUACUGCUAUGGUUGGGUUGACGGAUGACCCUCACUCGGUCAUCGUGCCGUAUUAUGACAAUAUCCCGCGGGCGUACUAUCAUACCCCAUAG